AUGGCCUCCCGGCGCAUCCCCCGCGGGGCGCUGGGCCCCGCGCUGCGGGACAGGGCGAGGCGCUGCCGCGGGGACGCGGCCGGCGAGGCGAGCCAGCGCUUCAAAGAAACCGAAUGGGAGCAUCCUAGAGUUAGACAGGUGUGUUUUCUCCGGUCAUUUCCACAUCCUGACUCCUUUCAGCCCGUGAAUGUGCUCCUGGAAGGGGUUUUCUCAGCGCUACUGGCAGUGCAUUGGUGUGUUCUCUUCCCCCAGGGCCCCCCCAGGCCCGCGCCGAGGCCGCGCUACGACGAGAGCUUCCCCGACGGCGGGAGGUACCCCCACGACAACCCCCAGCACCGCCACCCCCACGAGGAGUGGGGGGAAGACCCCCGGGAGGACUACCCGGGCCCUUCCUACAGGCCCGCCAGCCCCCUCCUGCGGAAGGACAACUAUUACCACGAGCAGUUCGGCCGCCCCGCGCCCCACGAGCGGGAGUACGGGCGCCCACCUUCCCAGAACAGGGAGUACGGGCACCCAGCUUCCCAAAACCGGGAGUACGGGCACCCAGCUUCCCAAAACCGGGAGUACGGGCACCCAGCUUCCCAAAACCGGGAGUACGGACACCCGGCUUCCCACGAGAGGGAUUACGGGGGCCUGGCCUCCCACGACCCUCAGGAUUACGGCCCUCCUGACUCUUGGGAAGCUGCCGAACCCGACUUUAGCUCCACGGAUAUCCUGGGGGACUUCAGGUCGCCGGGGCUCGUGGACGAGGAGUUCGGCGGCGCGGAAGACCAGGAGUACGACGCGGAGUUCGGGGUUCAAGACAGCGAGUUCCGGCCCCCCAUACGGAGGGGGGCCGUUGGCAGGGGGAGGAUCCUGAGGGGAAAGCGGCUCACGAGGGGCGUGGUCAAAGCUAAGGUGUUCAAAGGAGAGGUCAAAACCCCCCUCAAGAAGUGGGACGUGAAGAAACCGCAGCCAGGCCUCGAUCCGCAGGCUCCGGAGCAGCCCCUGGAAGCUGCCGAGCGACCCGGCCAGAGGCCGCUGCCCGUCCCAAAGCUGCCCCCACGACCUAACCAAAGGCCGGCCCUGGCAGCCCAGAGACCCAUCCUCAGGCUCCCCAAGCCUGCCCACGUGUUCAGGAACCUCAACUUCGACCUGGUGGAUAAAUCAGACAUUUUCUCCACCUUUGGGGUGGAGAUUAUCAAGUGGGCCGGGUUCCACGCCAUCAAAAACGACGCCGAGUUCUCCCGGCUCUUCGGGGCUCUCUUCGAGCUGGAGACGGAAACCUGUGCGAAGAUGCUGGCCUCCUUCAAGUGCUCCCUGAGGCCGGAGCACAGGGAUUACUGCUUCUUCACCAUCAAGAGCCUGCAGCACGCCGCCCUGAAAACCCCCAAGGUGGACAACGAGUUCCUCAACAUGCUGCUGGACAAGGGCGCCGUGAAAACCAAGAACUGCUUCUUCGAGAUCAUCAAACCUUUCGACAAGUACAUCAUGAGGCUCCAGGACCGCCUCCUGAAGGGGGUCACCCCCCUGCUGAUGGCCUGCAACGCCUACGAGCUGAGCGUUAAGACCAGCGGCUUCGGGAACCCCCGGGAGAUGGCCGGCGCCUUCGAGACCACCGUGUCUCUCUGUCGGAAGUCGCUGGCUCUCCUGGGCCAGACCUUUGCCCUGGCGUCCGUUUUCAGGCAGGAGAAGAUCCUGGAGGCCGUGGGGCUGCAGGAGAUGGCCCCGGCCCCAACGCUCUUCCCCAACUUCGACGACUCCACCCUGUUCGGAAGGGAGUACAUCGAGAACUUGAAGGCUUGGCUGGAGAAGAGCGGCUACCCCAUCCAGAUGAAGAGACCCGAGCCCGAGGCCGCAGAACAGCUCAAAGCAGCCUCUCCUGACACCAAAGUCCCACAACGAGCUGAUAGGAAAGUUGUGGAGACAAUUGAGCAGCUGGUGAAGAGCAUCGUGUCAGGAACCUUGUCUGCCAAGGACAGGAGCGCUCAGAAGAACUGCCCUGAGUACUGGUUCCUGUCUGAUGAGGACAGCCUGGAGUACAAAUAUUACAGACUGAAGCUGUCAGAGGCGCAGAGGAGGAAGGAGGAGGGGGAGGGCAGGACCCCAGAAGAAGCCGCCACAGAGUCCAUCAGGGCCCUGCUCUACGCCAGGAAAAUUGCAAGCAUUAAGAGAAGGCUGUUUAAGAGAAAAAGGCCUGGAGGGCUCCCCCAGCGUGGCACCCGAGGAAGGAAGGUGAGGAGAGCAACCAUAGGGACACAGACUGUGCUUUCAGCUGGGACAGUGCUGAGGCACCAAGACAAACAUCUUCCAGGUCCAGCCCAGCCCAAGGUGUCGGUGGCAGGAUCCAGCCUGUCCCACAAGAACUCUCCCCUCGGCACCAGCUCGUCCCCACAGGGUGCCCCCAGCCCCGAGGGCUCUCUGCCACCAGAGGAAAGGGCAGACCCUGAGGAUUUACCAGCACCACCAGAGCUUUUCCCGCCGUUGGCCUCUCAGUUUCCUGAUGUGGAUGCCAAAACCAUGGAAACUGCAGAGAAACUUGCCAAGUUUGUUGCUCAGGUAGGACCAGAAAUCGAGCAGUUCAGCAUAGACAACAGUGCAGAUAACCCAGACCUCUGGUUUCUACAGGAUCAAAACAGUUCUGCUUUCAAAUUUUACCGAAUGAAGGUCUAUGAGUUGUGUCCCUCCAUCAACUUCAGUGCUGUGUCUGAGGCAGCUGAGGCUGGGGAAGGUGCCAAAGCUGGAGAGAGGAAUUUGGAUCUUUCAGAAGAGGAAGAGGAGGAAGAGGAAGAAGAAGAGGAGGAGGAAGAUAACGAGGAGGAAGCUGAGUUUGAGGAGGACAUUUCCCAGCCCUUGGAAGAAACGGAGCAAGCAGAGGAGGGAGACGAGGAGGACGUGUCAGCAGGUAGAAGUGUGGAAAACCUAGAUGAAGAGAUGGUUUCCAAAACAGGAGAGGAAAUGUCAGCAGGUGAAGUGCAGCUUUCCAGCUCCUCUGAUGGUGCUGUACCAAAUCUGUCGACACAGGCACCGACUCCUGCCCCCGGCACCCCCUUCCCUCGCAAAAGAAUCAGCAGCAAGUCCCUGAAAGUUGGGAUGAUCCCUGCCUCUAAAAGGAUCUGCCUCAUAGAAGAACCAAAAGUGCACGAGCCUGUCAGGAUUGCUUAUGACAGACCUCGGGGCUGCCCAGUGACAAAGAAGAAGAAGAAACCAAAAGAUUUGGAGUUCUCCCACAAGAGGCUGACACACAGGAAUGUGGGUUUCCAGAUGCUGCAGAAGAUGGGCUGGCAGGAGGGGCACGGCCUCGGCACACGAGGGAAAGGGAUCAGAGAGCCUGUAAAAGUGGGUGCUACCUCUGCAGGGGAGGGCUUGGGUGUUGCAGGGGAAGAAAAUAAAGAAGAUGCAUUUGACGUUUUCCGUCAGAGAAUGAUACAAAUGUACAGGCAGAAAAGAGCAAGUAAAUAGGUAGGUGCUGUGGCCACGCCUGGGUAGUCAUUGCUGCCAACAUUAACUCCCAGGGCUGUUGAAACCCUCCCCUUCCAAGAAAUCAGUGCUGUUCCCACGAGUGUAGCUGGCUUUUUUGGUUUUUUUUUUAACCUUUCACCAGAGUCCAGACCUCCAGUGAAGUGCUUUGAACUGCUGAAUUACCCCAAAUCUUGCUUUCUAGGUUUGACAUAAGAGACUGGCUGGCUAAAAAAAGUGCCUGGAAAUGCAAAGCUGCUGUGGGAAAGAUCUUCAGCAGAGCAGGAAGAGCACUCUGGUCUCUAGUAGUGGACUCGAAUGCUAAUGUGUUAAAACAUCCUCCAAGAGUCAAGUUAGUCUUGUGUUGUGCAAGCUACACUUGGGUGUCUCAUCUUCUGAGGAAGAAACAGCUGGUUUGGGCUCAGAAGUGCCUGUUUUUACCUCUCUCUGUCUCUCUCUCUCUCUGUCUCUCUCUCUCUCUGGCCAAGUUUACCUGUUUUGGGAUGAGAUUCCUCACCAAAAAAAAAACCAAACCUGGAAUAAGUGGCAGGAGAACCCUGAGGGACCUGCUUUGGUCCUGGUCCUUUCUGAAAUCAAGAACCUGCCCAGAUCCAGAUCCUUUUGCUGGGCAGUUCAGAUUUUGUGACCCUGCAUUUUGCUGGGGGGGUCCACCUUCCCACCCACUUCUGCACAGAGCAGCUUCCUUUCCUCCCCACGCCAGUUUUAAGAAGAGCCUCCACCUGUGGGUUUAUUUUGGGGUGGGAAUCCAGACUUUUGAGUGCAGGGUGAGCAGCUGAGGCUCCUCCAAGUCUGACACCACCAAACCCUUCCUUGGGAACCUCGGCUGGGAAGAGGUUUCUCAUUCCAGUGAACAAGCUGUGCAGUUUUUUAAGUGUACUUUUUAUUUUGACACCAAUUUGGCAGCUCUCCCCCAGUUUCUUCUCCUCCUCCAAGGAGUUGUAAGUCAUGAGCAGGUGCAGUUCACGUGCCUGCAGGAAAUACUGAAGGAAACACUUGGAAGUGGAUCAUCAGUUUUAUAAGACCACCAGUUCAGAGAGUAAUUUCUCUUAAGCAUUUUCCUGGCACAAGUUCUUUGAUUGAAGAACCCCAAGACAAAGAAAAACUUGUACUUUUAAGGGACUUUUCCAGAAUUUACUGAAAGAGAAGACUGGAUUAAUGAACAAAACCUGGAAGAUUUAACAGUGUUACCAAAAACAACCCUCUGAGGUCUGAUCCUUCAUCUUUUCCCUGACUUGCACACCACUGAGGCAUUCCUGAGAGGGACAGAAUUUAACCUGUCUUAAAAACCAGCCCCAGGUGUUCACUGGAGUGUUACAGUGCCCAGAGCCUGCUCCACUCUCCCAAAGAGCUGCUCCUGAGCUGGCCAGCAGCGAGUCCUGGUGUUCCCAUCCUUGCAGAGCUUGUGGCAAAACCACUGGCAGCACCCAGGGGGGUGUGGCAGCAUCUCCAGCUCCUGGCAGUGUGUUCUUUGCUCACCAACUUGCCUGUGUCUGCUGUUUAAAGACCCUUUUUCUGCUCUUCCUCCACCAAAACCUGGAGUUGUCUCCAUGUCCAGUCCCCAGCAGCAAAUUCUCCUUGCCUGGUACCAAGCACUGUUGUUUUAUCAGUGCAAGUUGAGUUUUAUAUUUUGGUUUUUUUCCCCUUUUACUGACUUUGGAACCAAAAGGAACAAGAUCAUGGCGUUGUGUGCAAUUUUCUGCUCCCUCAGUUUUAGUUGCCCUGAAGCCCCAAAUCACUGAAGGACCCCACAGGGAAACCCACUGGUGGUUCUGGUUUUGCCAUGAGCAUCACAUGAAUCUUCACCUCCAACAGUGCAAGCAGCUGGAGCACAGAGGCCAUAAAUCCAAAUAAGUUUGUCUGGUUGUCAGACUCGAGGGCAUCUGAGAGCCCAGACGUUUCUUACAGGCUGGUUGUGGACCUCCUGAGGUCCCUCCUGCUGGGAGAAUCCUCAGUGCCAGCGUUUGGCAGUGGAUGCUGAGCUGUUUAACUCCUGUCUGGGUGUGGUUUUCACUGCCCCUCUCCCCUUCCUUUCCUGGGCCUAAUCAGUGUAAAACUUCAGCCAGUCUGGCUUAGAACAACUGGACCCAGCACUGUUGGCCUCUGAUUUUAUUGCUCAGCCCCACCCCAGAGGGUUCACAGCUUUCCUCUUAGCCCAGGGACGAACCUGCCGGGGUUGCUGCCCCUGGUUUUGAAUCCCCUGCACGAUUCCAGUUCACCUCUUCUUUCCCAUUUACAUUUUGGAAAGAUUUCUUUGCUAUAUUACGUGUCCCACACCCCCCCCUGCUCCCCCCCUCCUCCUUUUGGCUUUGACCUGCCUUUUGCAGGCAGCUUUGAGGAAGUUUGUAGGUGCUUUUGUUAGGUGUGAAACGUUUGUGAUGCAGACGCUUUGCCUCGCUGGAGGUUUUUACAAGCUUCUUUUUCUGUUAUUUUAGUUCCAGGCUCUCUUCCAUGAAGACUGCAAGCUUCAGUGAACAUUUUAACUAACUUCAGUGGUGUGUCUGCUGUCUUUUGGUUGGGUUUUGCCAUUAAUCCUGUAGAGAAUUUGCUCGUUUCUGUCCCGUGCAGAUGCAGCAGUGCUAAGCCAGUGGCAAUGCUUAUGUUCUGGAUAACUGACAUUUCCCUGUAGUGUAAGUAAAAAAAAAAAACCCAAAAAACAAACCCUGUUAGCAUUGUUAACCUUUUAAUAGCUGCAAUAAAUGUAGAACUUAACACAACCUCUGGGUUUAAAUGUUUUCUUUGCUUGUGAAUUUGGCCAUUUGGGAGAGAUAUGCAUCCUUCUGGCACUUCAACCAGUGCAGCUGGGGCCGUGUCCCAGCAGUGUGAAGGCAGGAUUUUUGGGAAGGUGCCUCUGUUCUGUGCUGCUAAAUGUCUCUUAACCUUGAGAGAACCCACUAAAUCACUUCUCAGUUCCUUUCUCACGUGGCUUUUGGUGCAUUGAAUCCGUCCCCACAGCCUCGCUGUCCACAGCUGGAAUGCCAGAGUUUCCCAGGAAUUAACCCUCUCUCUCGAUUUUCUUGCUGUGCUGGCUUGAAAACAGCAGCAGGCUUUCCCUUGCCAUACCUCUGGGGUUUUUACUGUGGCCUUUCAAUCCAAAAAUUCCUUUUUUUUCUUUUUUUAAGGCAGGAGGGGAGGGGGAAAACUGCAGAGAACUGCAAUUUUUAAACCUCGUGCAGCCACUCGUCCCCAGGGUGGAGGGACAGUCCCUGGGCGAGUCCAAGCCCUGGCUACACCUUUUUCCCUCCUUUUCCUUCAAAAAUUUAGGAUAUUUGAGGACCUGGUCAAGAGGGAAGGCCAUUUGCUCUCCUUGGAGAGAAAUGAGGAGAUCCCCAUUUUGGGGGAGGUGCCCUAAAACUACAGCCAGUGAUUCAGUGUUUGGACUAAUUGUGUUGGACUCGUGGAGAUGGUGUUAUUUUUUUUUGCCCUCAGAGCUUUUCCUUGGUGUGACCCAGUGACAUUUUUCCUAUUUAUUUUUUGGUGUGUUUUUUUUUUUUUAUUUUAGAACCAUCCUUGGUGUGAACACCUCAUCUGCUCUCAGAUGGUGUUUUCUCCCAAAUCAGUGUUUAUUUUUAAUGUUGACAUCCCGCUCUGCUCGGGUCUGGACUCAGAAAUUCAAAGUAUUAUCCUUUUGGGUUGUUUUCUACCCCUACAGCAGGUCUAUUUUCUAAUUAAAAAACAAAAGCCUGGAAGUCCUGCAUCACCUGGAGUUGUGCAUAUCUCGUGACUGAGUGGCCAAUCACAACCAGACUGUAGAUUUGAGCAAUAAUAAACACCUGCAGUGAGAACGUGCUCAAAGAACAACGGGGUCCUUCUGAAAUAAAGAGGUUUUAUUUUUGGGGGGGUUUUUUUUGUGUGUGUGAACCUUGUUAAGUAGGAGACUUGCUGGAAGUGCAGCGGGUGUGGAAACUGUUUGCGUUGUGUGUGGGCAAUAAAGUUCUGCUGUUGAAGGAA